GUGAGUCAUAUAGGGCAAGUCCUUGCCUAGUGUGUGUGUGUGUGAGAGAGAGAGAGUGUGUGUGUGAGUGUGUAUCCUGCCUCUUCUGCCCCGGAGCUCUAAAGGCGCAGCAGCAGCGCAGCGGGCGGACCGAAGGAACCGUCCGCGUCCCCGUCCUCCUCCAGCCGGCCGCCGUCCCCGAGAGAGGGGGUCCGGGUCUUCAUGGAGCCGCUCCGGGUGUCUCUCCUCUGCUGGGGACUCGUGCUGUUCGCCGGGGUCCUGCUCCGGGAGGCGGACGCCUCAAUAAUGAAAAUCAGGAAACUCUGCAAGUUCUGUGACGUGCAGCCGACCAACUGCAACGGGAAAGGCAGCUGCAGUUCGGGCUGCGAGAUCACCUCCAUCUGCACCGACGACAACGACGUGUGUGUCAGUAUUUGGAGAAAGAAUGACGAUAACGUCACCUUUGAUACGGUGUGCCACGACCCUGCUAAGAGGCUGUACGGCCUGGUCCUGGAGGACUACAACAACAGCAAAUGUGAAAUGAAGGAGCGACGAGGAAUGGGCUCACUCUUCUUCAUCUGCUCCUGCUCCGAGGACGAGUGUAACGACCACAUCUUCUUCAAUGCUGGUUCCUCAGACGUGGACUCCCAGGUGGUUUUGGUCAUCUUGGUCAGCCUGGUGCCUCUCCUGGUGAUCGCUGUGGUGGUCAUCGCCUCUUUCUACUGCUACCGGGUCUACCGCCAGCGCCAGGCCCACUCCAGGCGCAAGAAGGGGUCGCCGCUGGACUUCAGCGACGCCCACGCCAUCAUCAUAGACGAGGACGGCUCGGACAGCAGCUCCACGCACGCCAACAACCUCAACCACAACACCGAGCUGCUGCCCAUCGAGCUGGACGUCCUGGUGGGGAAGGGCCGCUUCGCCGAGGUGUACAAGGCCAAGCUGAAGCAGGGCUCCUCCGUCAGCGAGGAGCAGGGCUUCGAGACGGUCGCCAUCAAGAUCUUCGCCUACGAGGAAUACGCGUCCUGGAAGAACGAGAAGGAUAUUUUCUCCGACGCCGACCUGAGGCACGAGAACGUGCUGCACUUCCUGACGGCGGAGGAGAGGAAGGCUCAGAGGCAGUACUGGCUGAUCACGGCCUACCAGCCGCGGGGGAACCUCCAAGAGUACCUGACCCGCCACGUGGUCAGCUGGCCCGACCUGUGGACGCUGGGCAGCUCGCUGGCCCGCAGCGUGGCGCACCUCCACAGCGACCGCACGGCCUGCGGCCGCUACAAGGUGCCCAUCGCGCACAGGGACAUCAAGAGCUCCAACAUCCUGGUGAACAGCGACCUGACCUGCUGCCUGUGCGACUUCGGCCUGGCGCUGCGGCUGGACAACACUCUGUCUGUGGACGAGCUGGCCAACAGCGGCCAGGUGGGCACUGCAAGGUACAUGGCUCCAGAGGUGCUGGAGUCCAGAAUCAACCUUGAAAAUAUUGAGUCUUUCAAACAAGCCGAUGUUUAUUCCAUGGCUCUCGUGUUGUGGGAGCUCAUCUCCAGGUGCAGUGCAAUCGGAGAGGUGAAAGAGUACGAGCCACCGUUUGGGAACCUGAGGGAAAACCCCUGUGUAGAGAGCAUGAAGGACAGCGUUCUACGAGACAGGGGACGACCCGAGAUCCCCAACAGCUGGAUCAACCACACAGGCGUCCAGAUGGUGUGUGCCUCCAUACAGGAGUGCUGGGACCACGACCCCGAGGCCCGCCUCACGGCCCAGUGUGUCGCCGAGCGCUUCAACGACAUGGAGUACCUGGACAAGCUGUCGGACCGCUCCGACUCGGAGGAGAAGAUCCCCGAGGAGAUCUGUGUGGUGGAUGAGAAGCAGACGCUCUAACAGGGACGCUGCCCCCAGCAGGCCGGCCGAGGGAAUCGCAGCCGGGGCGGGACUGCACGGCGAGGGCCAGAGGAGCAAACUGGAAAAUCCUGCAGAGGAAAUAGGAAAAAAAAAAAAGACUUACUUCAAGCAUCAGGAUCAAGUCAAGAACAAACAGGGAGAUGCCUUUAUAAAGCUUUUUUAACCAAAUACUUUUUGCACUUUAAAAGUAUCUAUGCACAGCCAAUGAUAUAUUUUCAGUGCCUUUCUCUCUUUUUUUGUUUGUUUGGACGACAUUUCAGGUAUAGGAAAUAAAGGGACUGUGCCUAUUUAUGAAAAAGAGAUCAAACAGAGGAAUGGGAAAUGUUCAGAAGCUAAAACACUAACAUCUCCCCCGUACUGUUAUUCAGCUGCGCCCUUUGUUUUCCGAGGUGGCCAGCUGGUCCUGGAUGAAUGUCAAAGGGACCGGAUGACAAUGCCUCCCCAGACUGGAGGUGGAAGUGGAGUUUCUGGUGUGAAAUGGAAAUUACUCCCGGCCGAGGAACAGGAAAGCCAUCCGAGGCGGUAAUGCGCAGGGAGAGGUGAAAUCAUAACUCAAGGACUAGGAACUGUAGGUUUUAGACAUCAAAUUCAGGCUGAAAGGAACAGAAAACACAUAUGAAUAUAUCUGUGUGUGUGUGUGUGUGUGUGUGUGUGUGUGUGGGUGUGUGGGUGUGUGUGUGUGUGUGAGAGAGAGAGAGAGAGAGCCUCAGAUCCGAAAAGGAAAGUCUGAAUAAUCAGACCAAAAGAAGAAAAGAGAAGAGAGACUUGUAUUAUAGGGACUGUAAAGUGCAGGAUCCAGUCUGAUGCCCAUAUGUUAUUAAAGCCGAACUUCUUUUUUUCUUUUUCACAGAAAAGAGAUCCCUGAUCCAAACCUCAAAACGCAUCUUAUCAAAGCAGUUUUUGUAUAAAAAUGUAAAGGCAUUAUUAAAAAUGUUAUUGUACCCUU